GCAACUAUUGGAAGUAGCGGGCGGAACAGAAUCUGGGGAAGCAGUUUGGCGCCCGGGGUCCCCUGGCUAGUAGCUCUUAGCCCACGGUGUGGUGUGAAGAUAUGGAUCAUGAGCAGAGGCGGGGAGCUGCACUGCUAAGGCUGUUACACCUCCUGUGGUUGCUGCCCUACUCCCGGACCGCCCCUGAAGCUCCUACCCCAGCGUGGCGGGAUGAACUGCAAAACCACACGUUCCUGCACACAAUAUACUGCCAGAACUGGAGUCCCAGCAUCAGCCUCUCGGAAGCCUAUGAUGGGGACCAGCUUUUCUCCUUUGACUUUUCCCAGAACACCCGAGUGCCUCGCCUGCCUGAAUUCGCUGACUGGGCUCAGAAGCCUGGAGAUAAUUCCACGAUUUUCUUUGACAAAGAGUUCUGCCAAGCUAUAAUCCAGAAAAUAGGACCCAAACUCGAAGGGCAAAUCCCUGUGUCUAGAGGGUUUCCUAUUGUUGACAUGUUCACGCUGAAGCCCCUGGAGUUUGGCAAGCCCAACACCCUGGUCUGUUUUGUCAGUAAUCUCUUCCCACCCACGUUGACGGUGAAUUGGCAGCAUCACUCCGACCCUGUGGAAGGAAUCAGGCCCACUUUUGUGUCCGCAGUUGAUGAACUCAGCUUCCAGGCCUUUUCUUACUUAAACUUCACACCAGCACCCUCUGACCUAUUCUCCUGCGUUGUGACUCAUGAGAUUGACAACUACACGGCAGUUGCCUAUUGGGUGCCCCAUAAUGCGCUGCCCUCUGACCUUCUGGAGAAUGUGCUGUGUGGUGUGGCCUUUGGCUUGGGUGUGCUGGGCAUCAUUGUUGGCUUAGUCCUAAUCAUGUACUUCCGAAAGCCUUGCUCAGGUGAUUGAUUCUCCCCGACCAGAGUCUGGUGCCAGCAGUGUCGAUCAUGAAUGCAACGGGAGAUGAGGUUUCCCACAUCCAGCCCAAGAUCUCUCCUUCUCCGAGCAGGAGUCCCUGGGAUGGCCCGGGGGGUGUGCACGUGCGCGUUUAUACAGGUUUCUCAGCUGGGGGCUCUGCUGUCCCCGGGCUUGCACCCAGGGGAACCCAGAGUGGCUUUCCUAUCACGACCACAUUCCUUCCCACUUUAGGGCAAUAAAUCUUAUUUCUUAAUA